CACGAGCAGCGGCCCCAUGGCGUAUCUGUCGGAGAUGUUUGAAGUGAGCGACUCCUCGGACGACACCUAUGAUCCUGACGACUACUCUGAUUCUGACGAGUAUUCCUACCCUCUCUCCUGCUCCUCUACGGAUAUGUUAGGUGAAGGGAGCGGAGAAGGGCGCUACUUCCUGAGGCCACGACCACAAAAGCCGCCACAGAACAACCCACUGCUCGUCGUGGAGACCCCAAGUACCUUCUCCCGCAUCGUGCAGUAUCUUGAGGCAUAUAAUAGACGUAAGUCCCGGUCUCGGGUGUGGCAGUUGUCGCUCUCUCGACUAACACAGAGAUUCGACACUCGGGGAGCAGCCAAGCCCAGCAAUACUGCCCAUGGCGCCGCAAGUACUAGUGCCACGAUACUAGGAGAGCCAAGUACCAGUGCCACGGUACUAGGAGAGACAAGUACCAGUGCCACGAUACUAGGAGAGCCAAGUACCAGUGCUACGGUACUAAGAAAGCCAAAUACCACUGCCACAAUACUAGGAGGAAGCAACUAUUAGCCCCACAGUACUGUACUGUGCCAAGAAAGGCAAAAACCGAUGUCACGGAGAUGUACCAUGGAUACUCGGGUGAUUAUCAUCGAUAUUUUUAAGGUAAUACAUAUAUUGUACUUUAUAUGUAUUCGGUAAAAGGGAAGAUUUUAUUAAGAAAAAAAAAAAAUAUUUGUGAAACCUGAGGUAGAUAGAUAGAUUGAUUAAUUGAAUCGGUAUAAUCAUCGUAAAAGAUGACAAUUGGUUUGGUAUGAAAUAAACAAUACAGGUGUUUACUUUCAAUAGCAUUCUUUGCUUAGUUUUAAUUACUAAUAAAUAAUAAUAUACCUACGUGAAGAAAAAAGUUGAUACAUAGAAAAAUGCUUGGACUAUCCGAGGCUGACAGAGCACUUCAACAUUCUGUGGUUUGUUACAUAGAUAAAAUCUCUUCUCUUGCUAUGGCUUCAUCACGUAUCUAUUUUUAAGUCAACUGUUUGAUUACAUUCCUGUCCCAGUUAUUUCAGCUACAUGUUCGUUGAUCAUCUUCAUAUAAUGUUGUGAUAAGAAUAAAGUCAUUUG